AAGAUCGUGAAAAUUUACUGUUCGGGAUGCACCGCGCGCGCUCUCGCCUUCGGCCGAACAGUUUCCGUCUCUGAGAAAGAGGAGGCCAUAUUUCUUAGCCAAAUUCGAUCCAAGAUAAUUUUUUUCAAGCGCUGAAGUUGAUUUUGAGGUGGGACAGAAUCCCACCAAGCUGUUCGAUAAGGUUUUGGUCACUUGAUUCAAACAUAGGCGUUAUACACCAAUUAAGUAGAUAUGACUGUUAGGUGGCCGAGGAUUUUAACACCCACAUAUUUAUCUCAGAUUAUUAGGAAGCAGAAUAAUCCUUUAACAGCUUACCAGCUAUUCAAGGAAGCCAAACGUAGGUACCCAGAUUAUAGGCACAAUGGUCCGGUGUAUGCCGCAAUGAUCGAUAUACUCGGAAACUCGGGCAGAGUUUCUGAGAUGAGAGAAGUGAUAGAUCAGAUGAGGGAUGACUCUUGUGAAUGCAAAGAUUCUGUAUUUUCAUUUGCAAUUAAAACGUAUGCUAGUCAUGGAUUAUUGGAAGAUGGUAUAACUCUUUUUAAAAGCCUUGGGAAAUUUAACUGUACCAAUAGAACACAAACUUUCAAUACCCUUUUGGAAAUCCUGUUGAAUGAAUCUCAGCUUGAUGCUGCUUGUCAGCUUUUUCAGGAGAGUUCUUAUGGUUGGGCAGUGAAAUCCAGGACUCAGUCCUUGAAUUUGCUGAUGCAAUCUCUCUGCCAGAGAGGCCAGUCUGAGCUUGCUUUACAUGUCUUUCAAGAAAUGGAUUACCAAAGUUGCUAUCCAAGUAGACUGAGUUAUCUGAUUCUAAUGAAAGGACUGUGUCAAGAUGGUAGGCUUAAUGAGGCCAUUCAUUUGUUGUAUUCCAUGUUUUGGAGGAUUUCGCAAAGGGGUGGUGGAGGGGAUAUAGUAAUUUACAGAACCCUCCUGUUUGCUUUGUGUGAUAACGGAGAUAUUGAGCAAGCUGUAGAAAUACUUGGCAAGAUCUUAAGGAAAGGACUGAAAGCCCCUAAGCGAGCUCAUUACCGGAUCGACUUAGAUCAAUGCAGGAAUAGCAAGCUCACCAUUGGGGAAAUCAAGAGAUUAAUCAAUGAAGCUUUAAUUAAAGGCGGAAUUCCCAGUUCAGAUAGCUUCUGUGCCAUGGCUGUUGAUCUGUAUAACGAAAAUGAGACUGAUCAGGGAGAUAAAGUGGUCAGCCACAUGGUAGCUAAAGGCUUCAGGCCACCAUCCUCGAUCUUUGAAGCGAAAGUGGCUGCAUUAUGCAAAGAAGGCAAAGUCGAUGAUGCAGUAAAAGUAAUUGAAGAGGAAAUAGUGAAGGGAAGUUGUGUUCCAACUGUUGCAUUGUACAACAUCGUUUUGAAGGGUCUGUGUGAUGAGGGCAAAUCAACAGUGGCUAUGGAGUAUUUGAAGAAAAUGGCAAAGCAGGUUGGUCUUGUUGCAGACAAGGGAACUUACAGCACUCUGGUACAUGGACUUUGUCGUGAAAAUCGAUACAUCGAAGCAUGUAAGGUUUUAGAGGAGAUGGUAAUCAAAUCCUUUUGGCCUUGUUCUAACACAUUCAAUACACUUAUCAGAGGUCUUUGCUCAGUUGGAAAACAAUAUGAAGCUGUGAUGUGGUUGGAAGAAAUGAUUAGCCAAGGUCAAUUGCCUCAUGUUUCUGUCUGGAAUUCUUUGGUUUCAUCUUUGUGUUGUGACGUGGCUGGCACCAAUAUGUGGUCCGAGGUUUUUUGACAUCGAAAAUCAUUGCUCAAUGCUCGAGUAUUUACUAUAAAUCACAUUUAAGUACCAAAUUCUCAUUAUGGUUCUUUCAAAAUAUCUAUGUUGAUUCUCUAAAGCUCUGGAGAAUAAUCGCUUUAGUCCUUACUUACUGUUAUUCUUUUCUUAGUUAUUCCGGAAUAACUACAUAUAUAAACAGGUUGCAGUAAACAUGCAUUGAAGCC